AAUAGCCGCGGCUCCCGUGCAGCUGGGGCGAGUGGGUUUCCAGCAGCGAGCGCUCCCUGCUCUGCUGCUUGCCCGGGGGCUUCGGGGCCGGCGGCGGCGCGCCGGGGCGCUGCGCGGGUGCCACCAUGCCCUUCAGCCAACUCAAGUUCAAGGAGCUGGGCGAGGAGGAGCCCGGCUCGGACGAGGAGAGCCUGGACAGCGUGAAGGCGCUGGCGGCCAAGCUGAAGCUGCAGACGCGGCGGCCCUCCUACCUGGAGUGGAAAGCGCGGGUGCAGGGGCUGGAGGGGGCUGGGGGCGCGCGGGGGGCGGAGCGGGCCCCCGCGCGCCCCGACGAGCCACCGGCCGGCGGCCUCUGCGGCUUUGCCUCCGUGGAGGAGGCUCUGGAGUGGCUCAGGACGGAGCUGCGGGAGAUGCAGGCGGCCGACCAGCUCCUGGCCCGGCAGCUGAUGCGCCUGCGGGGGCAGCUGCACCGGCUGAAGGUGGAGCAGGCCUGCCACCGGCACAAGGAGAUGCUGGACGACGCCACCUUCGGCCUCGAGGGCUGCGAGGAAGACUCGGACCUGCUCUGCAACAUCCCGCCCAAGGCCGCCUUCCUGCUCUCCGUGCCGCUCAAGCACAUCGGCGUCACCCGCAUGAACAUCAACUCCCGCCGCUUCUCCCUCUGCUGAGCGCGCCGGACCCCCGGGGGCCCCUCGGCCCAGCGUCGCGGGGCUGCUGGGCGCCGCCGUCCCGCUCCGGACCCAGUGGGGCCCGUGGAGCCGGGGCAGCCACGGUGGCAAACGCAGGAAGCAACCCUUGGGGAAGGAAUAAAAGGAGCCGACGGCGGGAGGUGAUGUUA